AUGGCUAGAUGGCAGAUUUUACUCUCCGAGUUCGAUAUAGUCUAUAUAAAUCAGAAGGUUGUUAAAGGGACUGCAAUAGUAGACUUUUUAGCUAGUCGAGCUUUAGAAGACUUUGAACCCCUGGAUUUUGAUUUCCCAAAUGAAGACUUGAUAUGCGUGGCAACUGCUGAACAAGGUUCUCAAGAAUAUCAUCCUUGGAAAUUAAAUUUCGAUGGAGCUUCAAAUGCUGUAGGAAAUGGGAUUGGGGCAGUCCUGAUGUCCCCAAUUGGAGACCACUAUCCUUUCACCAGUAAAUUGGAUUUUGAUUGCACAAAUAAUAUGGUCGAAUAUGAAGCGUACAUCAUGGGCAUCCGUGCAGCUAUAGAACGUAAAAUUAAGACGUUAGAGGUAUACGGGGACUCUGUGUUGGUAAUAUACCAAUUCAAGGGUGAAUGGGAGACGAGAGACCUCAAAUUAGUCAGGUAUCAAAAGUUGGUCCUUGAACUGACGGAAGAGUUUGAUGACAUUACUUUCCACUGUCUCCCACGAGAUGAGAACCAAAUGGCUGAUGUAUUAGCCACUUUAGCUUCCAUGAUUAAGGUGAACAAGCUAGAAGAUAUGAAACCUAUCCAGAUGAGCAUUUAUGAGACCCCGGCUCAUUACUACAAUAUCGAGGAACAGAAAAAUGUUAGUCAUCCUUGGUACCAAGUCAUAUUACAAUACGUGAAGAAUCGCGAGUACCCUGAGCAGACAACGGAGAAUGAUAAGAGGGCAUUAAGGAGAUUAGCCAUAGAUUAUGUCCUAGAUGGAGAGAUUUUAUACAAAAGAGGAAAGGAUCAAGUAUAUGCUACUUCAUAUGCUAAUGUCACGAAAUCAGCAGUCAAUAAGUUCUUGAAAAAAGAGAUCAUAUGCCGAUACAGAAUGCCCGAAAGAAUCAUAUCUGACAACUUGCUGAACUUGAACAAUAGCGGAAUAGAGCGAAUCGCAUCAGACUUCUCUUCAAAGUUGCAGCAGAACAAGUUCAAGCUACGAGUUGCAGUGGAGUGGAUCGAAGCACCAAUUCCUACACCUCUGAAGAGGCAGUAG